AAAGUGCCUGUUCAUGUUGUGGUGGAUCCUGUUCUCAGUUGCAUUUUACGACCCCAUCAGAGAGAGGGAGUAAAGUUCCUGUGGGAUUGUGUCACAGGUCGUCGGAUUCCUGGAAGUCAUGGCUGCAUCAUGGCAGAUGAGAUGGGUCUGGGUAAGACCUUGCAGUGUAUCACGCUGAUGUGGACACUUUUACGCCAAAGCCCAGAUUGCAAGCCUGAAAUUGACAAGGCAAUUGUGGUCUCGCCCUCCAGCCUGGUGAAAAACUGGUACAAUGAAGUGGGCAAAUGGCUCGGAGGAAGGAUCCAGCCAUUGGCUAUUGAUGGAGGCUCCAAGGAGGAGAUAAACAGGAAGUUAGCUGGCUUUAUGAAUCAGAGAGGCCUUAGAGUUCCAUCUCCCAUCUUGAUAAUUUCUUAUGAGACUUUUCGUCUUCAUGCUGAGGUUCUACAGAAAGGGAGUGUUGGGAUGGUCAUAUGCGAUGAGGGCCACAGGCUGAAGAACUCAGACAACCAAACAUAUCAGGCGCUCAACAGCUUGAAUACGCAACGACGGGUGCUCAUCUCGGGAACCCCCAUUCAGAAUGACCUCCUUGAAUACUUCAGCCUAGUACAUUUUGUCAACUCUGGAAUUUUAGGAACAGCUCAGGAGUUUAAAAAGCACUUUGAAAUUCCCAUCUUGAAAGGCAGGGAUGCAGAUGCAAAGGAAGAAGAUAGGCAGAAGGGGGAGGAGAGACUGAAAGAGCUGAUCGGCAUUGUCAACAGGUGUCUUAUAAGAAGAACUUCUGAUAUCCUCUCCAAAUAUCUCCCAGUGAAAAUUGAGCAGGUGGUAUGUUGCAGGCUGACUCUUCUUCAGUCUGAAUUGUACAAACACUUCUUAAAGCAAGCAAAACCAGCUGAAGAUCUGAAAGGAGGAAAGAUCAGUGUUUCAUCUCUCUCUUCAAUCACAUCUCUGAAGAAGCUUUGCAAUCAUCCUGCUCUGAUCUACGAGAAAUGUGUGGAGGAGGAAGAAGGGUUUGUGGGUGCUCUGCAAUUGUUCCCUCCUGGUUACAACAUUAAAUCCUUAGAGCCACAGCUCUCAGGAAAGAUGCUGGUUUUGGACUAUAUCUUGGCAGUUACCAGGAGCACCAGCAAUGAUAAGGUAGUUCUAGUAUCGAAUUACACUCAGACACUGGACCUCUUUGAGAAACUCUGCAGAACUAGAAGGUACUUGUACGUCCGUCUGGAUGGCACCAUGUCCAUUAAAAAGAGAGCAAAGAUAGUGGAACGUUUCAACGCUGCCUCUAGUCCUGAAUUCAUUUUCAUGCUGAGCAGCAAAGCUGGUGGCUGUGGCUUAAACUUGAUUGGAGCAAACAGACUUGUGAUGUUUGACCCUGAUUGGAAUCCAGCCAAUGAUGAACAAGCCAUGGCCCGUGUGUGGAGAGAUGGUCAGAAGAAGACUUGCUAUAUCUAUCGGUUGCUCUCGACAGGAACAAUUGAAGAAAAGAUCUUCCAGCGACAAACCCACAAGAAGGCACUCAGCAGCUGUGUAGUAGAUGAGGAGCAAGAUGUGGAAAGGCAUUUCUCUCUUGGGGAACUGAAAGAACUUUUCACUUUUAAUGAGACCACUACAAGUGAUACCCAUGACAAGAUCAAGUGUCGUCGCUGUGUGAAUAACCAUCAAGUCAGGCCCCCUCCUGAGGGGUCUGAUUGCACUUUUGAUCUCUCUCAGUGGAACCACUGUGCAGAAAAACGUGGUCUCCGGGACACUGUCCUAAAGGCUGCCUGGGAUGCUGCUGUCACCUUUGCUUUCCACCAUCAUUCCCAUGAGGAGCAAAAGGGGAUACCAUGACUGUUGGUUUGGACUAAUCCUUCUGAAAUUCAAGCUGUUUCACUUCUGUGAAAGCAGAACAUUGACACCUCUAUGGCUGUUGACUGAGAGCAUUGAGGCAACUCCCACACACUGUAACGUAAUAGAAAGUUUCUCACGUAUUUAGACUAUGCUGAUGAAGAGCAUUGGAAAAUCAUAUGUUUAACAAAACUCAUUUAAAAAACCCUAUAACGAUUGUUUCUGGAAGGGAAGCUUGUGUCGUUCUUAUCAUGGUAUCUGUGUGUUUUUGGAAAGGAAGAAGCCAAAGGUAGAAAUAGUUCAGAGGCAAUCAAUAGGCACUCCUUAUUUUGUUAGGCAAGAUGGCUUUGAAGAAUUACUUGUACUGGAACUUUCAGAGAAGAAUAGAAGUGACAAAUCUUAACAGAUCUCAUUUGCUGUCAUGUCACUGUAUUUUUCUGGGCAGCCUACUGCUUCAUUGUGUAUCCUAACCUAUUAUGAGAAAGUCUAUAGAUCAAAGUAACAGCCCAUACUUAGAUUUCCAUUUUUUCCCCUUAGCUGCAUUCAAAUGUCACAUGUAACCAUAAACUCAGCUUGUUGGCAGACUUGCAGGGGCUCCUGUUUCCCUUUCUUGAACUAAAAACUGCAAUUGGCCACUGACUCAUGAACUAUUAUGUGCACAGCUGUGGUUUACGAUCCUCAACCAAGGUUUAAUCGAGACCCAGAAUGCUGAUUGAGGAACUAAAUGAUUAAACCACAUGUGUUUAUGUUGUGUUUAACCACAGUUCACAAUAUCACACGGAAUUGACAAAGUACAAGUCUAGCAAAACCAGUUAUGCACAACAUUUAUUUUUCUUUAAUAUGGUGACAUGUGAGGGCUGAAUGCAGCUGUGUACAGGAAAGAAAGAAGUAUACUGUUUGUUCUAUUGCUGAGAGUUGGCAUGUUGGAUAAGGCAGAAUGCAAGGUCAAUGGAAUAUUUUGUAGGCAUGAUCCAGGCAAAUGUGUUUUUACCCACUUGCAGAGCUGUAGGGAAAUGUGUUACACUGAAAAAAAGCUUCAUAUUCCAAAUGCAGGGAGACACUUGAUUUGGUUAUUUAUUGCGGUAUCUUGAAUGCUAGAGUUUAUAUUAAUGAAACCUGCUCAUGUGGGAAAGAUAAGACAAAUCAUGAAUAUCUUUUCUAAUGUUCUUGUGGAAUAUAUAUUGCUUGUGGGGGAAGGAUUAAUUAUCUUUAUUUUGAAGACAUACUUAAAAAGCUGCCUUUUCUGGAUUUUUAAAAGGAUGUUAAAUUAUUAAAACUGAAUUGCUUUCUUUUU